GCUCCGGAGAGCCCGACGCCGCUCUCUGUGUGUUUCUUUUGUAACAACUCAUUCAUUAGUCGAUAGAGCUUCUUUUUUUAAUUUUAAAUAUGGUCUGUGGCGGCUUCACCUGUUCCAAAAAUGCCCUUUGUUCCCUGAAUGUGGUUUACAUGCUGGUCGGGCUGCUUCUAAUCGGAGUCGCAGCAUGGGGCAAGGGGUUCGGCUUGGUGUCGAGCAUCCACAUCAUCGGAGGGGUCAUCGCAGUGGGCGUCUUCCUGCUGCUCAUCGCUAUCGUCGGACUCAUCGGAGCGAUACACCACCACCAAGUCAUGCUUUUCUUUUACAUGGUCGUUCUUUUCAUCGUUUUCCUGUUCCAAUUUGGAGUUUCUUGUUCCUGCUUGGCAAUGAACCGCGGACAGCAGGAGGCACUUCUGAACUCGGCUUGGGGAAUGUUGGAAAACAAGACCAAGACCGACCUGGAGAGCCAGCUGAACUGCUGUGGGCUGCUCAACGUCACCGCCAGCCAGGCACAGUUUGAUCUGGACUUGCAGAACUGCCCUGCUUUAUGCAAAAAGAACACCGUCUGCUACACCUGCGGGGAUAUGAUGCUGACUCAUGCAACUGAGGCGCUGAAGAUCCUCGGGGGCGUCGGGCUCUUCUUCAGCUUCACAGAGAUCCUGGGAGUGUGGCUCGCUGUGCGCUACAGGAACCAGAAGGAUCCGCGGGCGAACCCAAGUGCUUUCCUAUAGUCUGUCCCCCGUGCGCAGCGCCAUUGAUGCAACGUCAGACACACUGGCACACAUCGGACCAUGCACAUCGAGAGGCAGACACGCCCGCACACAAUCCAGUACCACGCCAACGACAACAACGCAGAAUGGACGAUCGCACGCAGCACCUGACAAACACUGCGAAACAAAACACACACACACACACACACACCUUUACCUGAGACUGAGACGCUACAACAACCGGUCCAGAAAUGUUGCCAGAGCUCCAACCUGAAGACCUGGAUACUUGUGUAUGAAAGGAUAACUUGUAAUACCCAGAAGUGUGACUUGUUGGUAUCACGACUCAGCCUUGAUUCGAGUACCAGAUGCCCUGCUAGUUUCCAGCUGUGUGACGAGGGAUGAGACGUCUCUGCAUGCGUCCUCGGCCUGCACAGACAAGCAGCCUCUUUGUUCAUUUAUUCCACACACCAACCAAAUGACUGUGCCGUGUCCCACAAAUUCACUUGUAUGCACCUUGAAUUCUUCCCUCUUGUCUCCAAUGUAGUCAGGAUUUUUCCUGCAUAGAGAAAAUUUGGGCGCGCGCCUAAGCCGUUUUCCCGAACGCCUAUGACAAAUCCCGAGCGCCAAAGGCAAAAAAAAAAGUCCGCGAUGGAAAAAAAAUAAUAACUGUGUUCAUCACGUGCAUGUCAGCGAAUAUGUUCUCAAUAGUAUGUUUCAAGUAGGCUACAGCCGAACCCUCGUUCUGUUUUGAUCAAUAGUAAUCAAGUUCAGUGUUUCCCCUAGGUUUACAGCUUCAGGAGGGCGGGACUAGUGCCGCUAGCCAUGCCUAAGCUUAAUUUAACAGAGGUGUGCUCACCUGUGUGUGCGCGCAUCACGGCUGAGCGAGGCGCGCGCCGGCAUCGGAGCUUUUUGGGAGCACCGAAGACCCAUUUUGACCCAGGAAAAACCCUGGUAGUGCCACCACAUAACGACAAAUAUAUUCCUCUGGCCAGUGCUAUUGGUGAUGUGUAGAAUUGUAAACCUGACGUGUCCAGCCGAGGCGAAUACUAGACAUGUGUUGUAAAUUUGUUUUGGAAUUGUAUGUAAAUGUUCUUUUUUCAAAUGCCGGGAUGUAACAGGAUUACGAAGCAAGAUGAGGUGUUAGGUUGUGUAGUUGCUAAAGUCUUUCAGGUUCAAAAAAAGUGUAUGAACUGUAACUGAGCCAACUAACUUUUAAAAGUCCGAGAUAUUAGGACGCCAAUGGACUGCAGCCUUGAUGUUGUACAUAAUCUUUUAGAAAUCGCUCUUGAUGGGUUUGCCGUGUAGUUGCCCCUCUAGUUGGGAGGUUUGCCUGCAUAGUUGAGGUCUUUGAAGGCCACAAUAAUCCACCCUUCCUGUAUUUAAUGUUUCUUUGUGUUGCACAGUGAUGUUGCUUAGUAUAGCUUUUGGUGGAAAGGCGAAUUCAGGUACGUAUCAUUUUAGUUCUGUGUAACUGGAAGACAUCAUGACAAAAAGAAAUACAUAAAGUGCUGUUUAAUUUUUUUUGUAAAUAUAUAUUUGGGUAAAUUUAGCCCAAAGUUCUCAUUGCAAACCCAAUUUUGUUUUUAAUGGUGUUAAUUGUGAAAAUGUGCUCUUGGUUGCAGUUUUUUUUUAUUUAUUUUUUUAUGUUUUAUGUUUUAAAACGAUCUUUAGUGGAAUGAUUUUGUUCUCAUUUGACAUCAGCUCUUUUUAUUCAUCAGUGUUAAAUGCUUUGUAAAAAAAUUGUUAAUAUUUCCAGGAUCUAUUUAAGUUAAGUUUGAGGAUGCACAUUAGGCUCAAUUAAUGUUGUAGUUAUGAUUACAUCAUGUUGUUGCCAAACUCGAUGUUUGACAUUUCCUGUUGAUAAAUCACUGCUCAUCAAUUCUCUCUUUUAAGAUGGUUUUUCUCUUUUUGAAUUGCUUAUAACUUAAAGGACUAACAAACUGUAACUACAUGUCUUACUUGAACCUGUCAACUUGGCUGAUAUGAAAUUCCUGCUGCUGAUUUGGUUUCAUCGCGGGUGUAAACAAACAUUUUGACAGAUCUUAAGCAACGUUAUAUUAUGCCAUAUAUUAAACCUCACUUUGAAUUUGUGUGCACUUGUUAUUCAAAUGUAUCAUGAAUUUUUGAGACUUAAUUUUCCAAAUAAUAAAACCUCAAUUUGAAAACUGUU